UAAAAGGUGUAUUACGAGUGGCAGGUAGUCAGUGUUGAAUCGAAACCAGAACCGUUUCGAGGUACCGUAAGUACAGUUACAAAAUCAUCUACGUCAGUCUGGAAAGUACCAUUGAGUUUGUCACUUGUGGUUUGAUUGUAGCCGCGAUGUGUGACAUGUGAAUGGUUUAAGAUUUGAUCAAAUAAUUACGAACGAGAGUACUUUUAGAAGAUUAGUAUACCAAUGGCUACCAUCAAUUUUCUUCUAGUCAUCCUAGUUAUCACAAGUCCUUCUCUUCAGGACAUCUCUAACAAUCAAAUCGAUGACGAUGUUAACCCCUUCGCUGAAGCUAAAGCUGAAAUCCUUAAAGAACAAAAUCUACAAAACAUCGGCGGAAUGAUCAACAAUUUAAUGCAAUCAGAUGGUGCUAAACAACUCGGAGAUAUCUUAACUAAUGCCGCUUCCGGUGAAAACGCCGGUGAAAUCCUUCAAGGAUUGGGCUCAGUUUUGGGUCAAAGUAAAGGAUUUGACCCAUCAAUGCUCUCAAUGCUCUUCAACAUGUUCCAACAAGGUGGUACCAAAAGUGACGAAUCGUUCGAUAUGAACGUCUUAGCAUCUCUCUUGGGGGGUUUUAUGGGCCAAUCAGACGGUGAAAAACCCAACAUUUGGACUUAUAUCCCCAUGAUUCUACAAACCGCCAAUGCUUUCCUAGGCCCCGAAGCCGAAGCCCGAGCCAAAAACCACAAAGACCACGCUAAUCUCGUACCACCACUCCUCGAGAAACUACACUUACUUUUCGACCAUUUUAUCAAUUCGGAAAUGGGCCGAAAAAUGAUGAACACCGUCGGUGCUGAAAAAUUCGUCAAAGUUUUCGCCGACGAAAACGGCCGAAUGUCGUAUCGACGCUUUGUUGAUAUGUUAGAAAAUCACUCUUUCAGAAAACACUGGAUUCGGAUGCUCACCAACCGAAUCGCUUCAAUUAUCUCACACUUCUCCGACCCUAAGACCCAAAAGAAGUACCUGACGACAUUUCAGCACUUUAUAAAUAGCAUCAUCAAGAGUCAAGGAUACCCCAAAGCAGCUCUUUUCGACCCUAGUCGUCCCACGGAAACCAUCACAGCUCUUACCAACCAUUUUGUCAAAGAAACUCUUCACAUGAAGAUUAGCUCGAAGCAGUACGUCAAACCAUUCGUGGAAUAUGUGCAGGAACUGUUCCGUCUAGCUCAGAAGAAAGGGAUGUUGAGUGUUGAUUCGCACCAACUUUCUGAUAAGUUGGCUGAUACGAUUAACCUCGAGGUGAUAGAACCUAUAGCAAGGGUCAAUAGGGCGUAUAGAUUUGCGAUGAAAGUACCACAAUGCGAUAAGUAUGUGAUGUGUUUGGUCAAUCAGGAACCGCAGGAUGAGAAGCCAAGUCUUCCGGGUCUGCGGCCAAUCUUGAGUAAAUCAGCGAGCCUUAUUUUAAGUUGGUUCUUAAGUAGUACUACAAAAACGCCCUAUUUGAGUCUUUAUAUGGCCAUUAUGGACAACAAAGACUGCCAGACUUGGUACCAUGACGCCUGUAAUGACUUCCAUCUCGAAGAAAUUAAAGUAAAGCGGGAAUUAGUGCAUAAUGAAUUAUAAUUGUAGACUGAGUGUUUGACGCUUUUUUGGGCAUAAGUUUUGUUAAACAAAUUUUAUUUAUUUGUACUUAAUUGUAAAUUAUUAAAAUGAAACAAAAAGUGA